AUGGCUUCUACAACUACUGAAAGUACUGGUAAUGCAUUAAGAUAUGUGUUUUCAGCCUACGGGAUAGUGGAGGAGAUAGUAUCUGACAACGGUCCACAAUUUGUCUCUGAAGAAUUCCAGAAAUUUGUUAAAUUAAAUGGAAUAAAUCAUAUUUGUUCAGCAGCUUAUCAUCCGAGUUCAAACGGGGAGGCUGAAAGAGCUGUCCAAACUUUUAAAACAACCAUGAAAACUAUGAAUAAUGAACCUGGAACUUUGAAUCAAAAGAUGGCGAGAUUUUUGUUAUCAUAUCGUUCCACUCCACACACCACGACACAAGUUUCUCCAGCAGAAUUAUUUUUUGGACGACAAAUUCGAACACGUCUAGAUAUCAUGCGUCCAAACUUAAGUAACAAGGUUCAAAAGAAUAUCACUCCAAAAGAAUCUAAAGUUCGCAUAUUUCAAGAAGGCGAUAGUGUCUGGAUUCGCGACUACAGAAAAUAUAUUGAAAAGUGGGUCGGUGGAAUCAUAGUUCAUCAACUUGGUCCAGUAAGUUACCAAGUUAAAGUGGGUGAUUUAAUUUGGAAACGCCAUGUUGACCAAAUUCGUGAACGCGCAACUGAUAUUCCUGUAAGCGAAAGCAAUACAAAUAUACCUAUAACAAUGCAUGCACCAUUUGAUUCAACUCAGUCAAACCAGGUACAAGACAAUUUACCAAAUUCUACAGUAGAAUCAGCAACAGAAGCGUGUAUUCAAACCCUAGUUCAAGCAGAAUCACAUGAAAUCUCAAAGACAGCAAGUCCAGCGAUGAAACAAUUACCAAAACGUUCGACUAGAGGAAUUCCGGCAAAGAAAUUAGAUUUGUGA